AUGCAGCCGUCUGUCCUGGGAGCCUGGACUGUGCCCUGAAACGACGAGCGAGGUGCCCCCCGGGUGCACACGCCUGUGGGCCCUGUCUGCAGCCCUUCCGGGAGGAGCAGGGGCUCUGUGUGCCCAGGGCACGCCGGCCUCCGGGGGAGGGCCCGCCCCAGCCCAGCCUGGAGGAGGAGAUUGAUGGCUUGGCCCAACAGCUCGCAGGAAAGGAGGCUGGGCACUCAAGGGCCACAGCCCAGCCCCUUUCUGAGGCCCGACUGCGCCUCCUGGAGCCUGCCACCCUGGGGUUCUCGGAGCGGGGUCAGGGACCCGAGCUCGGCCUCCCGUCCACUCGGGGAGCCCCUGCGCCCACGCCGCGCACUUCUGUGGGCUCCCCUGUGUCAUCUGGGCCGGUGCACAUGGCCCCCCUGGAGCCCCGGGUCGGACGCCAUGACGGCCUCGCUCUCGUGCUGAUCCUGGCGUUCUGCGUGGCCGGCGUGGCAGCCCUGGCGGUGGCUACCCUCUGCUGGUGCAGACUACCAGCACCAGAGGCAGCAGAUGCUGUGCAUGGAGAGGCGUAAAGAGCCGCCCCAGGAGUUGGACUCGGCCUCCUCGGAGGAGGAGAACGAAGACGGCGACUUCACCGUGUACGAGUGUCCAGGCCUGGCCCCUACGGGGGAGAUGGAGGUGCGCAACCCGCUGUUCGACCACGCCUCGCUGUCCCUGCCCCAGCCGGGCACGUGCUCGCCACCGCCACCUUCACCGCAGUGACCCCAAGGUCGUCGUGGCCACCUGCCUGCUCACCUGACCAGCAGCUCACGAAGGGGAGAGUUAGGGCCUGAUGUUUCCCAUUAAAAAUGACAUGUUCUGA